GGCGCGCGACCGCCCGCGGUUCCGCACCCGUUCAUUCACCCGCGCGCGCUACCUGGAGGACUCGCUGAUUCCCAGCAGCAGCAGCGGCGGAGCGCGAGGCCGAGAGAAGCGCCGGGAAACCGACAGGGAACAAAAAAAAAAAAAAAAGGGAAAAAAAAGACUCGACUGAAACCUGUGGAGAGAGUGAGGAGCAACAUCUGUACAAAUUCUCGCAUCAGCAAUUUAAAAACACCUCCAGGAACGGAGCGGGAGAAGAUCUCAUGUUGACAGGGUCUCCUUACGCUUCACGUUCUGCUGCGUUUUUCUUCCAAGAGGAGAGUUGGGGUGUCAGGAGCCGUGGCUGACCUGCGGCCAUGCACCGCUUAAGGACUACAGUUGCGAGGCUUGGGCCUUUAGCUGCCGCACAGACAGCUCAGAGCGCGCCACAGUCCCGACUGCUGGCGCUGGAAGGAGGUGCAAGAACAUUUCAGCCUGUGAGGAGCCUGAGUGCAUCUGUGGCUGCUGAACCUUUUCUCAACGGCACCAGUUCCAACUAUGUGGAGGAGAUGUACUUCGCCUGGCUGGAGGAUCCUAGGAAUGUGCAUAAGUCUUGGGAUAUUUUCUUUCGGAAUGCAAAUGCUGGAGCGCCGCCCGGUGCGGCGUACCAAAGCCCUCCGCUGAUCAGCAGGCCUUCUGAUGGAACGACGGGCGUCCGGAUGCUGAUGGGAGCUCAGCCCAAUGUAGAGAAACUGGUGAAAGACCACCUGGCAGUGCAGUCACUGAUUAGAGCCUAUCAGGUACGGGGCCAUCACAUAGCCAAGCUGGACCCCCUCGGUAUCAGCUGUGUGGACUUCGAUGAUGCUCCGUGUACUGUUGGAUUUCAAAAUGUUGGUUCGUACGGCCUGACUGAGGGUGACCUGGACAAGGUGUUCCGGCUCCCCGCCAGCACUUUCAUUGGCGGCAAUGACAACGCUCUCCCACUCAGAGAGAUCAUUCGCCGCCUUGAGAUGGCCUACUGUCAGCAUAUCGGGGUGGAGUUCAUGUUCAUAAAUGACGUAGAGCAGUGCCAGUGGAUCAGGCAAAAGUUCGAAACUCCAGGAAUUAUGCAGUUUUCCUCGGAAGAGAAGAGGACUCUGCUGGGCAGGAUGAUCCGCUCCACCAGGUUCGAGGAGUUCCUUCAGAGGAAGUGGUCUUCAGAGAAACGCUUCGGCUUGGAAGGCUGCGAAUCGCUCAUCCCGGCCCUGAAGACCAUCAUCGACCGGUCCAGUCAGUGCGGAGUGGAGAGCGUGGUCCUGGGAAUGCCUCACAGAGGGAGGCUGAACGUUCUGGCCAACGUCAUCCGGAAAGACCUGGACCAAAUCUUCUGUCAGUUCGAUUCCAAGCUGGAAGCAGCUGAUGAGGGCUCAGGAGAUGUGAAAUAUCAUUUAGGCAUGUAUCACAGGAGGAGGAACCGAGUCAGUGACAGGUACAUCACCCUGUCGCUCGUGGCCAACCCGUCCCACCUGGAGGCCGUGGACCCAGUGGUGCAGGGGAAGACCAAAGCUGAGCAGUUUUACUCUGGAGACACAGAGGGGAAGAGGGUGAUGUCUAUUCUGCUCCAUGGCGAUGCUGCGUUCGCAGGCCAGGGCAUCGUGUACGAGACGUUCCACCUUUCGGACCUGCCGUCCUACACCACCCAUGGCACCAUCCAUGUGGUGGUCAACAACCAGAUUGGAUUCACCACAGACCCCAGGAUGGCUCGCUCAUCUCCGUACCCAACAGACGUGGCCCGAGUCGUGAACGCGCCGAUCUUCCACGUCAAUGCAGACGACCCGGAGGCCGUGAUGUUUGUGUGCAACGUAGCGGCAGAGUGGAGGAACACAUUCCAUAAAGACGUUGUUGUGGAUCUGGUUUCUUACAGACGUAACGGCCACAAUGAGAUGGAUGAGCCGAUGUUCACCCAGCCGCUGAUGUACAAGCAGAUAAAGAAGCAGAAAGGAGUCUUGCAGAAGUUUGUAGAGAAGCUCGUUGCUGAAGGAGUCGUCACAACACAACACUACGAGGAGGAAAUAGCUCGAUACGACAAAAUCUGUGAAGACGCUUUUGCUCACUCCAAAGACGAGAAGAUCCUCCACAUCAAACACUGGCUGGACUCUGCCUGGCCAGGUUUUUUCACUCUGGAUGGUCAACCUAAAACUAUGAGCUGUCCUUCCACUGGUAUUCAAGAAGAUGAGCUCUGUCACAUUGGAAACAUCGCAGCCUCUGUCCCGGUGGAAGAUUUCACGAUACAUGGAGGCUUGAGUCGGAUCCUGAAGGGACGCGCAAAUAUGGUGAGCCAACGAGUGUGUGACUGGGCCCUAGGAGAGUACAUGGCCUUUGGCUCUCUGCUCAAAGAGGGCAUCCACGUGCGUCUCAGCGGACAGGAUGUAGAAAGGGGGACGUUCAGCCAUCGACAUCACGUUCUCCACGACCAGAACGUUGAUAAGAAGACCUGCAUCCCGAUGAACUUCAUCUCCCCUGAACAAGCUCCUUACACCGUGUGCAACAGCUCCCUGUCUGAGUACGGAGUCCUGGGUUUUGAGCUCGGCUUCGCCAUGGCCAGUCCCAAAGCUCUGGUUCUGUGGGAGGCCCAGUUCGGAGACUUCCACAACACGGCUCAGUGCAUCAUCGACCAGUUCAUCAGCUCCGGACAGGCCAAGUGGGUCAGACAGAACGGCAUAGUGCUGCUGCUCCCCCACGGCAUGGAGGGCAUGGGUCCAGAACAUUCAUCCGCCCGUCCUGAGAGGUUCCUACAGAUGUGCAAUGACGACCCAGAUGUUUUUCCUAAAGUCACAGGGGACUUUGCGGUGCAUCAGCUUUAUGACUGUAACUGGAUCGUGGCCAACUGCUCCACUCCUGCAAACUACUUCCAUGUCCUGCGCAGGCAGAUCCUGCUGCCCUUCAGGAAGCCUCUCAUCGUGUUCACCCCAAAGUCGCUGUUGCGCCACCCAGAGGCCAAAUCGAGCUUUGACGACAUGCUGCCUGGUACCCACUUCCAGCGCCUCAUCCCGGAUGAGGGGCCCGCAGGUGUCGGCCCCCAGAACGUGAGGAGGGUCGUUUUCUGCACUGGCAAGAUUUACUACGACCUCAUCAGAGAACGUGAGAGCAGAGGCCUGGAGGACGCCGUCGCCGUCGUCCGCAUCGAGCAGCUGUCGCCGUUCCCCUUCGACCUGGUGAAAGCCGAGGCUGAUCGGUUCCAGAACGCCGAUCUGGUUUGGUGUCAGGAGGAGCAUAAGAACCAGGGUUACUACGACUACGUCAAGCCCCGCCUCCGGACGACAAUAAACCGCACACGUCCCAUCUGGUACGCUGGCCGUGAGCCCGCUGCAGCUCCGGCUACCGGAAACAAACACACUCACCUGACGGAGCUUCAGCGUUUACUGGACGCAGCCUUCAAUCCGGAAACUUCCCCAGGGAAACUGUAACGGCCCCAGAAACAGCACAGCACAGACCAGACUGCUGUCACCGUCACCAUGAAGGCUGUGUGUUCACAGUGAGACACGAUGCCAAAGGAAAACCACACAACCGCUGAUUCAUUCCUUUAUUGUUUUUGGUGGAAUAUUUGCUGGCACACAGAAUAACAAUAAUCAGUUAAAGAAUAUCUAACUAUUAAAAGGAUGGUUAUGGGAAAAUUUAAACCUCAGAAACUAAGAGACGUGAACAGCCAGAUUGGUAACAUGGUAAAAAAUUAUCAUUUUUACCUCUCUGUCAGCACUGUUUGCCUCCCAACCUGCAAAAAUAUGAAUGAUUGUUUUAUGAGAAUUUGACUGAGAAAAAUCAGAUAGAAAAAUGAUACGGAAUAUUUUAAAAGUUUUAGAGAUGCUGGUUGGACAGGAAGAACUGAUUUAUACUCAAUAACUUAGAAAAAUUGCCAACUAAGCUAUUAAUUAACAUUUACAUGUGAUUUUAACAUCAGAGAGGAAAUUCUGCUGCUGUUUUGUUAUAAAUAAAAGCAGUCAAAUCAUUUUAUUCAAUUUUUAUUUGAAAAUGUUUUUGUUAUUAAUAUCAUCAAACGUUGAUGGGAAGAUCUGCUGCUGCUCCAUGCGUACAGCUAAUUGAGGUGAGGCUUUCUGGAUAAAAAUGCAACACUGAGAACGUUUGUUGUUUUUAAAAAACGUUUCAUUAGAAGUUCAACAGCUGAAUCUGCCUCUGAGGUACAAAGUCAAGCUUAGGAGCUGAAGACACUUCUGCAAAUCUAACAGAUCUGUGACAUGCAUAGAUCACCGAGGCUUUUUUUUCUUCCCAGUCCAAAACAUCCCUCUUUAAUCACAUUAUAGCCUGUCUCGAUGGAAACGUCACAGAAUUGAUGCAGAUAUGUCAGUAAACACACAACCUCUGAAUUACAGCAUGUAUUUAUUUUCAUUUGGUGCUGCCUGUUUUAAUGUUUUGAACAAAAUAAAGGAUUUCCAUCAGUGCUGCUGAAAAAACAACUACAUGUUUAAUUAUUUCACUGAGAAAGCCAAACUAACGUACUGUAAAUGAAAGCUGUAGUGAAAUCCAGACAGAGUGUAGAACUAGAGAAAACGCGUUAAAACGCACAAAAAAAAAAAAAAAAGAUUCUAGUUCGGUUUAUUCUGAAACUUCUCUAAUCCAGAAACAUCUGGAUAAG